UGAUUGUCCUAAUCCAAGUGAGCAGCAAGCAACAUGAUCAGUACAAGUAUGGCUAUACCAGCCCAGUAAAGCUUGCAUACACUGAUACUGAACAAACACCACCUGAAGGCUGGAAACAACUAAUUACAUUUUUGGAAAGCACACCUGACCAGUUGGGCUGGGUAUCAUCCAUAUUACAGGUCAAUAACAAGUCUGUAUAUCUUGAACAUUCAGUUGGUGUAGGCAGAACCAGUGUGGUAUAUUUUGCAAAACUGGAUGGUGAAAGUGUUGCAGUCAAAGUGGCAAAAAACAGCAAAUAUGCUGAGUGCUUAGUGCAUGAACAGGAAGUAUUGAAGAAACUGUCUGAUCUAAAAUCAGCUCAUAUUCCUCAACUGUGUGCAAGCAGUUCUGAUGUGCUGACUAUUUAUCCAUUCUGUUAUGAGAUUUCAAAUUUCAGGAAGAAUGACAUAAAAGCAAUCAUUUCUACACUGCAGAAG